GACGAUGUGCUUUUCAGGGCUUGAAACAAAAAAUACUAUUUUAUUUUCAGUUAAUUUUUUUUCCAGAUAAAUUUUUUCAGUUUAGGUGAACAUUAAAGCUCCUUCUUCUUAGCGAGUUAAUUUGUAGAAAUUCUCUCACGCCUUUAAAGACUAAACAACGCUCCUGAUUGGCCAAGUGUUUCCAUGGAAACGGCAGUAUGUUUGUGUCGGCUCAAUGGAGUUUACAGGUAGCAGUUACAGUGGAACCUAUGAAAAUGGCAGGAUGGAGGGCAGAGGAGAGUACACACUCCCCACACACACCAGAUAUGAAGGGGAGAUGAAGGAUGGCAUGUUUCAUGGAAAAGGAGUCUUGCACUUUCCUAAUGGAGGGAAAUAUGAGGGACUCUGGGAAAAUGGGAUAUGCAAACAGGUUCCUGGUCGCUACACCUUCUCUGAUGGACUGGAGUAUGAGGAGAAAGACUGGGAUUACUGUGAUGGCUAUGAUCGACGUUUCUACACCGAGAGAUGUUACGGACUCAAACCUGCAGGAGAAUCUCAGCUGACUAACAGCCAUCCUCCUCCUGUCAUCCCCGAUGGCUGCUACGACUGCGGAGACGGAUUCUACGAUCCCAACACCAGAGUCGUCACGGAUUACGCAGGCAGCUUUCUCAGGAACGCUGAUGAUCACGAGCACCAGUGGAUCACACGGACGUGCCGGAAAGCCUGGGAUGAGUUUGUGGGAUGUAUUCCCGGGAACGGCACAAUGUGAAUUUGAAUAAAGUUUCCAAGCGGAGUCCUGGGGAAGCCUGAUCCACGUUUUGGAUCUAAUUUUUAUUUAUUUACAUUUUAAUGGCUUUACGAUGGUGGAGAUCAAAAUAAACCACAAUCAAAUUUGACUGGUGACUUUUUUUGUU